AUGCCACCACUUCCAGACGUUGAAUACGGCGAUACGGAUCCAUUGAACCGCGACGCUUUCUACGAGCAGCCGCAGUCUCAGCCUGCUCCCACUCGUUCUAUCUAUGCUCUCACACGAAGUGAGAUAACGAAAGGCCUCGCAAACCGAUUCGUGCACUCGCGGACGUACAUAUUCUUGUAUCUCGGCAUGGCCGCCCUGUCAGUCACAACAGUAGCUCUGAGCUUGGCGGAUGGAUGUCCAGGACUGGCGUUCUACAUAUUGGAAAUAAUAAUCAACACAGCAAUGAUACUGGAAGUCGGCAUUCGGUUCGUUGCCCUUGGGCAGCAAUUCUGGAAAUCACCGUUCAACGUUGUUGACCUAAUUCUAACGCUAUUCUGCGCCCUGACGUUGAUGGUGCUAGCCUUCGCGAAGUGCGGAGCGGGGAGUAAGGAAGAGGAAAUUUUCGACACGUUGUUGUUGGUCGCCCGUAACGUCCUCCAAUUCGGCCGCCUAGCAGCGGUCAUGAGACAAUCGGGGCAGUCCAUCUUUUCCCGUCCAAAACCCAUUGAUAUCAAUGCUGCGAGACGUGCAGGCUACAGCCUUGACCUCGAUAUUGAUAGUGACCACGAGGAGGAGGAUGAGCUUGCGCGACCGUUGGUUGGCAGGAAUCCCGUCCUGUUUGAUGCGGGAGCGGAACAACGGCCAAACGAUGCGCAGCGAGGCGCGUUCACACCCAUGCCGAAAGCUGUGAAUGCAGCGCGCGAUCGAGACGAUGAGGAUGUGUGGGCUUCGAUGGGGUGA